AUGCCAAAGAUUGUUUACUCUGCCAUUCAUGCACUAUAUCGUAUUUUCUCACAAUUACUUUCCAAAGGUGGUUUGCAAAGGCCCAAGGAAACAGCAGAGAAAGAUCAACAAAUGAUAAUUAAAUCAGAGUUAAGAGACAAUUAUAUAAGAUAUAUCAACAAUUUGUAUGGUUUAAUUGGACAAGAAGAGCCUGGUUUGCAGAUUCCAUCUUUAAACAUUCUAUUGGAUUUACUUAGAAUAGAAUCAAUAUAUUACACCAAAGCUUCAGGAGAUUUUUAUUUUCCAAACAAUCAAUAUUAUCGAAUUGUUGAAGCACUUAUUGACAAUGAAAACUUCAAUGAACAUUUAUUAAAUGAAUUUGUAGAAAAAUAUUGGAAUAUUUAUGAUGAUUUAAGAUUUUAUUUUUUUAAAGAUAUAAUUAAUUUUGCAGUUGAUAAUGGAAAAUCCAAAGAAAAAUAUGGACCUUUAUCUAAAAAAAUAAAGAAUGAAAGGUCACAAGAAGAAAGAUUAUAUAAUUUGAUGGAGAAUACAUUACAAAUACUUGAAAACCUUAGAACAAUGCCAACAGAUUCAUCAGAGAUUGAUGAAUUUUGGACAAGUCACCCAGCACCUAGUAGCAUUUUAUUACAAUUGGGUGCUCAUCGAAAAGUAUUCUCUGAUUGUUGGCUAAGUUUUUUUAAACUUCCAAUGACAGAAGAAUCAUACAAGAAAAUCCUUUCAAUUAUGCAUAAAAAAAUAAUUCCUCAUAUGAAACAGCCUACUUUAUUAAUGGAUUUUCUAACAGAUUCUUAUAAUGCAGCAAUUAGUUUAUUGGCACUUAAUGGGCUUUUUACUCUUAUUAAUGAACACAACUUAGAUUACCCAGAUUUUUACAAGAAAUUAUAUAAUUUAUUUGAUCGUAAUUUGAUGCAUGUGAAAUAUCGAUCACGAUUCUUUCGAUUAGCUGAUUUAUUUCUUUCAUCUACGUAUGUAUCACCAAAUAUACACAUUUAUUAA